CUUCCUCUUCCUCUCUCUCUCUCUCUCUCUCUCUCUCUCUAUAUAUAUAUAUAUAUAUAUGACUGUGCAGCCACAUUUCCAUCGCAAAUCUCAUGAUCAUUACUUCACUUUCUUAGUAUCUCUCUUCAAAAACUCAGAUUAUAUAUAUAUAUAUAUAUUGGCUUUUCGAUUGCUCUCACAGGCUGAUCAAGGUAAUCGAAGCAUCUAUGGAAGAUCAGACGCAGAAGACAGAUUCUGAAAACUACUCUCAUGACUUUGGAGACACAGAUGACGCUCUCUCUCUGUGCGACCUCCCAAUCCCCGGCUACGGAUACCAGGACUCCUCUCGUCACGGCACUCCCCGUCCAAGCGUUUCCUCCGAUCAAGAACUCUUCGAGUUCUUCCCCGAUUUCAGAUCCGUACUGAGCCGAAGCAACAGCCACUUCUUCUCCCCCAACAAGUUCUCCGAGGAUGAGACCGAUCAAGUGAACGAGUUCCAGAAGCGAGACUACUUCUCCGUCAAAUCGGCGUCGUUUCACAAGGUUUCCGGUUACGAUGAAGAUCUGAGGGGAGAGGAGAGGGAGCCGCGGUCUAGCUCGCUCCAGUUGGCGAAAUCCGAUCCCUUCCACUCGAAGAAGUACAAUCCGGUUCCGAAGGUCAACAUCACGGCACUCACGGCGAUGUCGGCGAAGUCGCGGAGGAGAAUGUUCAUGUUCGGGCCGGUCAAGUUCAAGCCGGAGAUGGACGUGACGGCAAUCAGGAGGAGGCAGGGCCGCCAUCCUCUUCAGAUUCCUCCGAUGCCGGAGGAGAGCGAGAUCGCGGAGGAGAGAUGCGGACGGCGGAACAGCAGCUGCGGCGAGGGUGUACCGGUGAGGCCGCCGCUGGCGUGUAGGUCUCACAUCGCAGCCGCGUUGGCUAGGUCCUUCGGUUGCAUGUCAGCGUCAAUGGUUUGACGAAGGGGCGCCGUUCCGUUUCGUCCCGUCCAAUAAUGCUUUUCUUUGUGAGGAGGCGUGUGGUUGGGCUGUACCUUUGUUUCCUGCAUGUCUCUUUCGAAUACUGUAAUUACUUUGUGGUGUGAAAAUAUAUUUAUAAAAGUUCCGUAAAAAAAAAUAUAUUAUUCAUA